AUGCCAGACAACAUCACUAACACCCAAAUGCCUGACAACAACACUACCACCCAAAUGCCUAACAACAACACUAACAUCCAAAUGCCUGACAACAACACUACCACCCAAAUGCCAGAAAACAUCACUUACACCCAAAUGCCUAACAACAACACUAACACCCAAAUGCCUAACAACAACACUAACACCCAAAUGCCAGACAACAACACUACCAUCCAAAUGCCUAACAACAACACUAACACCCAAAUGCCUGACAACAACACUACCACCCAAAUUCCAGACAACAACAUUACCACUCAAAUGCCUGACAACAACACUACCACUCAAAUGCCUAACAACACUAACACCCAAAUGCCAGACAACAACACUGUAACACCGAAAUGCCAGACAAAAACACUACCACCCAAAUGCCUGACAACAACACUACCACCCAAAUGCCUGACAACAACACUACCACCCAAAUGCCUGACAACAACACUACCACCCAAAAUGCCAGACAACAACACUAUAACACCCAAAUGCCAGACAACAACACUACCACCCAAAUGCCUGACAACAACACUACCACCCAAAUGCCUAACAACAACACUAACAUCCAAAUGCCUGACAACACUACCACCCAAAUGCCAGACAACAACAAUACCACCCAAAAUGCCAGACAACAACACUAUAACACCCAAAUGCCAGACAACAACACUACCACCCAAAUGCCUGACAACAACACUACCACCCAAAUGCCAGACAACAACACUAACACCCAAAUGCCUGACAACACUACCACCCAAAUGCCAGACAACAACAAUACCACUCAAAUGCCUGACAACAACACUACCACCCAAAUGCCGGACAACAACACUACCACCCCAUAUGCCAGACAACAACACUAUAACACCCAAAUGCCAGACAACAACACUACCACCCAAAUGCCUGACAACAACACUACCACCCAAAUGCCUGACAACAACACUACCACCCAAAUGCCUAACAACAACACUACCACCCAAAUGCCUGACAACAACACUACCACCCAAAUGCCAGACAAAAACAAUACCACUCAAAUGCCUGACAAUAACACUACCACCCAAAUGCCUGACAACAACACUACCGCUCAAAUGCCUGACAAGAACACUUCCACCCAAAUGCCAGACAACAACACUACCACUCAAAUGCCUAACAACAACACUAACACUCAAAUGCCUAACAACAACACUUAACACCCAAAUGCCUGACAACAACACUACAACCCAAAUGCCAGACAUCAACACUAUAACACCCAAAUGCCUGACAACAACACUAUAA